CUCUUGUGUUUGUUUAGCAUCGACUUUGUUGCGCUUACGUUUGAUGAUGGACCUUCCAACAAUAGAAUAAACGAUAUUAUUAAUGUUCUGGAAAGCUAUGAAGCAAAAGCAACAUUUUUUGUGCUUGGUGAACGUAUAAAUGAAAAAACGUCUGAAAUAGUAAAGAAAAUUCAUGAAUCAGGUCAUGAGUUAGGCAAUCACUCUUGGUCGCAUAGGAAGUUGACAUCACUUUCAAGUGAGGAACAAUUGCAAGAAUUGGAAAAGACAAAUACAGCAAUUAAAAAUGCAAUAAAACAAGAUGUAAAAUGGUUUCGUCCGCCAUAUGGAUGUUAUGACGAUAAUCUGAUUGAUUGGCAAGGUGAUAAGCCAGAAACUUUAGUUGAAAGAGUUUUAAGUAAUGUACAUAAUGGAGCAGUUAUACUGUUUCAUGAUCACAAUAACAGGUCAAACACAAUUGAAGCUUUACCUCAUAUUAUUAAAAUACUAAAAAAAUCAGGUUAUAAGUUUGUGACCUUAAGUGAGUGGGAAAAAAGGGUUUGUAAUACGGUAAAAGCCAGAAGUGUAACAAUAAAAGAGGGGAAAAAAGUGCGUUUUGAAGGAAUGUUAUGUGGACAAAAAAUAAAGUCUUUAACCGCAGAGCAUUCAUAUUAGGUGGUAUUCAGCUUACCAUUUCCGCGGUUUUUAGUUGCAGGUUAUAUAAUUUACAAAUACGAAACAGACAAAAGUACGAAGCACUAUCUAAUAGUAAUAGAAUAAGAGUUGCUACUAUUAUGCCUAAGCGGAGCAAAAUUUUAGAUAGGAAUAGCAUUGAACUUGCGGUAAACAAAAUUUCGUAUGUUGUUUUGUUUGAUGGUUCUGGUAAGGAAGUUGAUUUGCAGACAUUAUCAGAAGUCGAGUCUAAAAUAGCAAAAUCGUCAGAAAAAAUAACUGCUCUUUAUAAACGUUAUUACCCGUUUGGUUCAAUGUGUUCUCAUGUAAUCGGAUAUACAAAAAGACAGCAAGGCAUAAGCGAAGUAGGAAUCAGCGGUAUUGAAUAUACAUAUGAUCAUAUAUUGAAAGGCAAGUCAGGAAAAUCUGAGCAGGAAAUAAAUUCUAAAAAACGCGUCAUAAAAGAAUUAUCAAGCAUACCACAACAAGACGGACAAGAUGUACAACUGACAAUUGAUAUUAAUCUGCAAGAGAAAACCGCAGAGGUAUUUAAAGAUCACCAAGGCUCCGCAGUGGUAAUUGAUGUAAAUAAUGGAGAAAUUUUAGCAUUAUAUAAUUCACCUUCUUACGAUAAUAAUCUUUUUGCUAGCAGGCUAUCAAAUGAGACUUGGGAGAGCUUGAAUGCUCCUUCAUUACCGCUUGUGAAUCGUGCGUUAUCAUAUCAAAUUCCACCUGGUUCAAUAUUUAAAGUAAUAGUUGCGCUUGCGGGUUUAAAAGACGGGAUAAUAACACCAGAAGAGAAAUUCUCGUGCAAGGGCUAUAUGAAAAUAGGUGAGCGGAAAUUUCGUUGUCUGAAAAGCAAAGUCCAUGGGUAUGUAUCUUUAAAUGAGGCAAUGGCAUUAUCAUGCAACACUUACUUUUAUAAUAUAGGGAAAAAAAUAAGUGUAGACUCUCUAGUAGAAAUGGCCAGAAAAUUUGGUAUUGGAAGUGGGCCACUGAUUGGAACGUUUAAAGAAGAAGCUCCAGGGUUGUUGCCAGAUAGAGAUUGGCGUACACGAAAGCUAUAUUCGCAGUGGUAUUUAGGUGACACUAUCAACUUAGUUAUAGGACAAGGGUAUAUGCUUACAACAUUCAUGCGACAAGUUUUUUGGCGUUGG